AUGUUGCCAUACAGGAGACCUGACUCGCCUCUUUUAUCAUCGCUGAUUUCAAGAACUGCCUCAGCCACAAAGUUGAAUCAACUAUAUCAGGAUUCUGCUACAAGAUCUGCCACAGCCACACCGUCUGCAUAUGUCACUUCUUCUCUAAACCCAGCCAGAAACGUUCCAAUCUUAGAUUCAAGUUCGAGAUUUCAAAAUGGGAAUUCAUCAAUUGACUCACUACCGGUAAUAUCACAUAUUGACGAGUUUAGAGCCUUGUUGGAUGAACUAAGUGAGGCAGUAACACUGUUUAAGGACGAUGAGGUGUUCACAAAGUUUGAGAAACUCACAAAACUCAACACCACUAUUGAGAAUGAUAUCAAGGAAUUGCAUUUGCAUAAGCAAAGAAGAAAAUCAUUAAAGCAAUUACAGAACAGGCACAAAAGCUUAGAUGAUUUGCAAAAAAAUACCUUAAAGAAGUUGCUUUCUUAUAGAAGUGAAUUGAGGAAGCUUCCAAGAGCAAAAACAUACGAACUAAAACAGGAUAAAGAUAAUGAUCCUAAUUCGUUGAAGAUUGAUGUGAAGGACAUUUUUGCAUACUCAAUGAAGUUGGCGAAGUUUUCUAAAGCACCAGUUGCAAUGGGAAAUCUCUCACACCAGAUCCACCCCAACAACUAUAUUUGGCCUGCUGAAGACUCUUUACGACGAGGCAUGUUAGCCAUGAGCUAUAUCCAGGAAAAAGAGAUUUUGGAAAAUGUUCUUGGCGAGGAAAAACCGGUUUCUGUAGCAAAAGAGGAAACGAGCAAGGAAAAUAGCGAACGUGUUAGUAUCCUGCCAAGUAAAGAAAGUGGUGAUACAUCUCUUAAUGGAACCCCACACCCAUCUAAUAGAGAUCACAUAGAAAUUGCUCCUACGGCUCCUACCGCACCUACCGCUGUAGAUGAAGAUGAGAAUGGGUAUUCUAAUGAAGUAGCUGAUCUAGAUCUAGAUUUGUUCGAUCCUGAUGCAGAAUUAUCGGAUUAA